AUGUAUCCCUGGCAUGAUUGUCUGAUGGUUAUUCGCAGAUUCGUGCCCCCUUGUUGGACUCCGUGGUGGGUGGUGAGCAUGGUUGAUGGAUUGCAUGAGCUAAAUUAUGGCUACAAACAACUCAGUAUCUAUAGAGGGUCCACACCGAAGUUUAAGACAUUGCUUACAAAGAAAUCCAAAGUGAUUUCUUCAAAAACCUGGCCAAGGUUUCUUGUCAUCGGGUCUUCUGAUGAUGAGGCCUUGAAGACAUUAUCGCCUUUUGCGAUUCCGAAAGGACUCAAAGGCUUGGCCGGCGAGCCCAAAAGUGUUAAGAAAUUAAGGAGUGGCUCCUUGUUGGUCGAAUGCUCAACAGAGAGUCAUUCCAGAAAUCUUCUUAAAUCUAAACAACUAUGUAAUAUUCCCAUCAAAGUCAGUCCUCACGCCAGCCUUAAUUCCUCUAAAGGGGUAGUUCGCUCUACGGAUUUGGAAGGAGUUUGUGAAGAUGAGAUUUGCGAAAAUCUCUCUUCACAAUGUGUCACAUCAGUCAAGCGGAUUAAGGUCCGUCAGAACAAUGAACUGGCUUCGACGAAUACCUUGAUCCUCACAUUCAAUACACCAACCCUUUCAGAUUCUAUCAAAGCAGGUUAUUUGAAUAUAUCUGUUGUACCGUAUAUUCCCAACCCUUUACGGUGCUUCAAAAGUAAAAAAAUUGUACAUGGUCAAACUACAUGCCGUAACAGAUUGACAUGUGCUCGUUGUGGUCAAUUUGACCAUGACAGCAAGGAGUGUCAAAAUGAUAUGGCGUGUACCAAUUGUAAAGGGAAACACUGUGCGUACUCUCGAGAGCGCCCAAAGUGGAAAGUGGAAAAAGAGGAACAACAUGUGAAAGUUGAAAAACACAUCUCUUUUAUAGAGGCUAGAAAGGUUGUUGAAGCAUCAAUAUCUCCAGCAGCUGGUAAAUCGUAUGCUGCUGCUGUGAAAGUAUCCACAACCAGUAUAGCCAUUCAGACUGACCUUACAUGGCCCAGUGGUGAGGAUAAAUUUAAGAACAUUUCUGAUCUUGAAAAAAAUUAA